AUGCUACAACCGGGUAGAGAUCCGCAUCAACCUUACAACAGGCCACCCGUCCGCAACUUCCACCGCGAAGACGGCCCCUUUAGGAAAAGAUCAAACAUCCCCAGAAGCAACAGAGGUCUGGUUCCUUCACUAUCUGCUAAUAACUUCUGUGUGUCACCUACAGUUAUGGUCUAUGCACUCGAGAAGCUCGGACCAAAGGUGAAGUGGCCAUCAAAGAUGAGGUCCGAUCUGAACACAAGGAAGUCAGACGCCUUCUGUGAGUUACACCAGAACCGAGGACAUAAGAUCGACGAUUUUCACGCUGUAAGAUUAGAAGUGUCAACUCUGCUACAAGAAGGACACCUCAAGGAGUUGCUUUGUGACAAAGGCAAGAACACCUUAGCAAAAAGGCGAGAACGCCCAGAUCAACCAAAGUCGUCGUCUCCUGCUCGUACCAUCAACAUGAUCAUCGGAGGAAGUGAUGACACCUCUAUCAAUGGCAUUAGGUUCACCACCACCCAUAAAUUCAAGAGAUCAAUCACCCAUGAACGGAGGAUUAUGGUCGACGAUGGAAGUGGGGCAUGCAUUAUCAAUCCGCGAGUCCUCGUACAGAUGCGACUCGAGGAUAAGAUAGUGUCACGUUGUGUCACACUAAUCGAUUUUAACAAUGCAGUUGAACAGACCUCAGGCGAGCUCACACUACAUGUCCUCGCCGGUGGGAUGACACUGGAGACCACAUUUCACAUCAUGGACCAGGACAUGGCUUACAACACCAUCAUGGGUCGGCCAUGGAUACACCCCAUGAGGGCAAUCCCUUCCAGCCUGUACCUAAUGAUCAAGUUUCCAACCCCUUGGGGAAUAUUCAGCAUACAAGGUGAACAACGCACAUCCAGGGAGUGUUAUCGGAUCGCCCUGGAUAUUAUGACUACUCAACAGAAGAAUGAGAGAUAA